CUCCAGUUAUAGUUUUAAUGUCUUGAAGAUCAGUUAGUUUGCUCAGUUUCAGUGGCUUCUGGUGUAUAAAACAAUAGGAGAUCUUUUCUGCAAGGAGAGGAGAUAUGGUAGACACUUCAAAAGAUCCACUUAUCAUUGACGAGCAGAGGGACAGUAAUAAAAGUGUGUCAUUGAUAUGCUCAAGAGACUUGGGAAGGAGGAUUGUAGAUGAAUCAAAGAAAAUAUGGGCGAUUGCAGGGCCUGCUAUUUUUACUCGCAUAGCCAUGUAUGGGACAAUCGUCAUCAGUCAGGCCUUUGCUGGACAUCUGGGAGAAUUGGAAUUGGCUGCCAUCUCCAUAGCUAGCACUGUAAUUUUGGGCUUCAACUUUGGACUCUUUUUAGGCAUGGCAAGCGCCCUGGAGACCUUGUGUGGCCAGGCUUUUGGGGCUCGGCAAUAUCAAAUGUUGGGACUAUAUUUGCAGCGGGCAUGGGUUGUCAUCUUGGGUGUUGCAAUUCUUCUCUUACCAAUGUACAUAUAUGCAGCACCCAUCUUGAAGAUCUUUGGACAGUCAGAUGCCAUUGCUGAAUUAACCGGAACACUUUCAAUAUGGGUCAUUCCUCAACAUUUCUCAUUUGUAUUCUUCUUUCCCACUCAGAGAUUUUUGCAGUCCCAGUUGAAAAACAUGGUCAUUGCGUGGAUCUCUGGAGCCUCUUUGGUGAUCCAUGUUUUCCUGAGCUGGAUGUUUAUUAUCAAAUUUGAGAUGGGGUUAAUUGGUGUGGCAAUUACAUUGAAUUUGACAUGGUGGUUUCCCACAAUUGGCCUAAUUCUUUAUGCCACCUGUGGGGGUUGCUCGAGGACAUGGACAGGUCUGUCUAAAGAUGCAUUCUCAGACUUGUGGCCUUUUUUCAAGCUCUCUGUUGCAUCCGGUGUCAUGAUAUGUUUAGAGAAUUGGUAUUACAGAAUACUGGUCCUCUCGACAGGAAACCUGCCAGAUUUACAAGUUGCAGUCGAUUCUCUUUCUAUCUGCAUGAGUAUCAAUGGGUGGGAGAUGAUGAUACCACUUGGGUUUUUUGCUGCUACUGGCGUGAGGGUAGCUAAUGAGCUGGGGGCUGGAAAUGGCAAAGGAGCUAAAUUUUCAAUGGUUGUUUCUACAAUCAGUUCUACCAUGAUAGGCCUUGUUUUUUGUUUGCUCAUUAUUGUGCUUCGCCAGGAAGUUGCUCUGGCCUUCACAAGUAGUUUCACAAUUGUAGAAGCCGUUUCUAAGUUGUCCAUUUUGCUGGCCUUUACUAUCCUCCUCAACAGUAUUCAACCUGUGCUUUCAGGGGUAGCGGUGGGCUCAGGGUGGCAAUCUUACGUUGCUUACAUCAAUAUUGGGAGUUACUACGUGAUCGGUGUCCCUUUUGGAGUGAUCCUUGGUUGGGUGUUUGAUCAGGGGGUUUUGGUCAAGGUCUUUUGCCAUAUCUACAAAUAUGUCCUCUACUGUGAAGAUUCGAUCUUGAUAGUGUUAUGUAGCUAUCCUGUAAUUCAUCAAAUUUGCCUCUAUUUGUUCUAUAAUUUGGACUAAUAGUAUUUCUAAAUACCUUUGGAGGACUAUUGAAUCACUAAGGAACAAUUUCUCUUGGGUCAACCCCCCAAAAAUUAUGUCUUUUAAGUCAUGCCAAUGACUACAAACAACAAGCUUCAAUGGUGCAAAUUCUUAUAGGAUCAAGAUGCAGAUUUUAACUAU